AAAGUGGUACAGGAAACGUGGUUACAGGGAAACUACCUAUUUCACAUUAUGAAAAUAUUAAUUUUAAGAAUAAACAACAGGGUCCAGGCAACACAGUUGAGUGAGUUCAGCUGGACACAGACAGCUUCAGAACAAGAGGUGUAGAAAGAUGGGGAAACACAACAGCAAGCUUGCUCCUGAGGUGCUUGAUGACUUGACCAAGAGUACAGAGUUCAAUGAAGCUGAGCUGAAGCAGUGGUAUAAGGGGUUCCUGAAGGACUGUCCAUCUGGCAUCCUCAAUCUGGAAGAGUUCCAGCAACUCUAUGUCAAGUUCUUUCCUUAUGGCGACGCUUCAAAAUUCGCCCAGCAUGCCUUUCGGACGUUUGACAAAAACGGUGAUGGGACCAUUGACUUCAGGGAGUUCAUCUGCGCGCUGUCCAUCACUUCCAGGGGAAGUUUUGAGCAGAAACUCAACUGGGCCUUCAACAUGUACGACCUGGACGGAGAUGGCAAGAUCACACGCAUGGAAAUGCUGGAGAUCAUUGAGGCAAUCUACAAGAUGGUUGGGACGGUGAUCAUGAUGCGUAUGAACGAAGACGGGCUGACCCCACAACAGCGUGUGGACAAAAUCUUCAGCAAGAUGGACAAGGACCACAACGACGAGAUCACACUGGAGGAGUUCAAAGAGGCGGCCAAGAGCGACCCCUCCAUUGUUCUUUUACUGCAGUGUGACAUGCAGAAGUAAGGAAGGAGAGGAGGAAGAUGAGUGAAGUGGGCUGGGGGUGUAGGGAGGGGAGGAGAACUAUGUACAGACUUCUAGAGAGAUGUAGGUAAUAGAUAAUGAGAGAAAAUGUACAUACAGUUGAACAUAAGUUAGACUGCAUGAUAAUCUUGGGAAUGUUAAGGGAAUGAUUAUGGCCAUUUGGAAUGAUUAGUCAAAGUAAUGCAAGAGAGAGUCUUUUCCACCCUGUAUCACUUAUUACACAUUCUGUCUGCUUUCCAGCCUCUAGAGAGAGUCAGAAAGUUCAAAAGAUUGAAUCCUUAAUACAAGACGUUUCUUUCCUCAAAAAGGUCACUUCUGAGCCAACUAACGCUCUUUUAGGAUAAGAAGCAUAUUUGAACAAUUUCAUGCAAUAAUUAUAAAUAAUUGAAUUUAAUUCCGAUCCAUUUUAAUGCAUUUUAAUUCAAGGCAAAGGCAAAGGAUUUUAGCAUUUUUAGGCCUGAAAUUAUAUUAUGGAUACACAAUAUAUCGGAAUUAAUAUGGUGUAGAAACAAUUAUCACUCAGAAAUUGCCAGUACAUUUCACAAAGAAAUGGCAAACAAGACAUGAAUUAAAUUUAAAAUUUCAAAGUAGAAAGACUGAAAUGGUAUUUCACGUAAAACAUUCUAAAAUAUUAAUCUUUAAUUUAAAAAAAUCAUAUUAUUUAGUGUUACAUUUAGAUUAUCUUUGCUGUCAUUUAACACUCACUUGAAGUUAAUCUUUAAAAACAGAAAUCAUUUAAUAUAAUAAUCUUUAGCAAAUGAAUUUCCACUUUUCAUACUGUACAUUUUUAUUUAAUUUAUUUAGUAAAAAUAGAAAUGAAUUUAUCUAUUAUUCAUUGAUCUACAGAAGCAGUGUCGAGAUUACAAGAACACAAGAAUGAGGGCUUCCGUAAUUUAUCGGUUAUUGUGCAUAACAACAAUUAUCUGCUUAUGGAUAUCAGCCAAAUGUUUAUACCAUGCAUCUUUUAGAAUUGUUUUAUAUAUUUAUUUAUUUUUUGCCCAGAUUGAAAAUGUCCGGUUACAGGUUGUGCCAGAGGAAGAGCAUUACAGAAUUACAGAGAGUUCAGGGCAGGACUGAAUGCUUUGACAUUUGUGGGUGCCUUCAUAUACAGCGCUUUACCCCACUAGAUAACACCCCAGCAACUAAUACUGACACAUCAGUGGAGUUUGAACGCAUUGCCAUAAUCUGACGAUACCAUCACGAAGCAUAGCCUUCUAAUUGCGUUAUUGGCCGAGAUAAAACUGAAAAGCCAUGGCUGAGUAAAAGGGUGAUUUUUCACCAGAAAAUGAGGAGUAGCGUUAACUAGAGAACUGACAAUAUAUGUACAUGAUGACAUUUUGUACAUAAUGCCUAAUCACAUGCUUAAUAUGUACAUGUAAAUGUUUCUCUACCUUAGAACUGCUUUCAUAAUCUGACACAGCUGCAAUGAUUUGUGUGCUAACACAAAAAAAACCUUACUGUACUUACGUAUGUGGGUCUGUCUGUGGAAGAGGGACACUAAUAUGUGCAUUUUCUUCACUGUAAUCUGGUGUGAAAGCUGCAGUGUGUGAGUGUGCGAGUUCACGCAAGAGAACACAAAUGCCUCAACCUUUGUAUUAAUUCUUUCUUAUGAUCUUCACGCCAGUGCUAGGAGUAUUACGCCGUCGUGUUUGUUGUUACCUGGUGUGGCUGGUGAGCUGUUUUUGUUUGUUUUUUUUUUGUCAUGAGAGCUUUAGUUUAGUUCAGUCUUUAUUAGUUCAUCUCUUAUUUCAUAAGCUUUGCAGGUGUCACCCAAGGGGAUUUUAAUUGUAUGAAUAUUGUCAAUGUUGAACUACCUUUCUUUACUCUUGUAAUAUAAGUGGACACAAAUGUAAACCAGACGCAGAAUGUGUAGUACUUGUUAAUGUUACUAUGCCGCAAUACUUACUAACAUGAGAUUACUGUUGCACUAUGUAGUGAGUAGAGGCAAUACAGCUUUAGUUUUAGACUGCCUCCCUGUGGUGGAAGAUGUUAAUUAAUUUGCCCAGUUAACUUUAGUUCCAGAUCUUUAAACACUACGAUUUCACAAAGAACCAGGGCUGUCAGGGGGUCGAAGGGGUCCAACUAAAUUCCCUAUGUGAUAUAGUCUCUGUUAUCAGCAAUCCCCCCUUAAAAGAAAUAGCGCACAGUUUGCUGACAAUUUUGUUUUGGUUCCUUACUGGAACAGGGCAUCACUUGCUCACCAAAGGAUCCUCUGCAGUGAAUGGGUGCCGUCAGAAUGAGAGUCAAAACAGUUCAUAAAAACAUCACAGUAAUUCACAAGUAAUCCACACAACUCCAGUCCAUCAAUUAACAUCUUGUGAAGCAAAAAGAUAAGUGCUCGUAAAAGAAACAAAUCAAUCGUUAAGGCAUUUUAACAUUAAACUGUUGCUUCUUGGCAAAAUAUGAGUCAUUCGUAAUAAUGCUUCAUCCAGUUCACUGCAUGAGACCCAUUGCUGAGCAAGUGAUGUAAUUUCUCCAGAUUUCUCUUUUAAAACCUAAAAUACUUCUAGAUCACAAUGAGGAGGGUUUUACCGGAACAUUGUGCUACAAAAAAGCAACGAUUAUUUGUAUUUAGACAUCUUUUUAGCUUUAUCCAAGUGACUUAUUUUUCAUUAGUGAAAGGCUGUAGCAAUACUCAAAGAUUAAUCCUGUGAUUCAUUUUGCAGCAUAUCCUGUGAUGUUAACAGCAGUUUAAGCAAUUUCUUUACUCGCCUUUAAGCACAUUUUGUCACAACUGCUUUUACACUACUCAUAAUCUUGUGGGAUGUGUUUCCUGUCACAUUCACACACCUCUGAUGCUGCUUUACAACUCUGCUCAUGAGCGGCAAGUGUAAUCUCUGUCUUAUUAUGUCACAUAGUAGCUUUCUUUAUACUAAACUGUGCUACCCCUUGUGAAAAAGAAGUGUGCUUAAUUGUAUUGAACGUGAACUACUUCAAAUCUUUUAGGUAUAUUUAAAAAAACUGAAGAAAACAAAAACUACUUCCCGAUAAUAUAAUAUUAAUGAAUUAAAAGGCCACUUAAAGAAAGUAUACUUUUAUAACUAUAACUUCUUAAUUUCUUAAUACACUUAAGUACACUUUGUAAUAAUUUAAAAAGUACAUUUUAAGUCAUUAUGUGUUAAUAAUCUUUUGUCAUGCUUCUGAAGACACACUUACUUUGAUGUGUUUAUUAUCAUACUAAAGUGCAUGUAAAGUACCUGGUUAAUAUAUUUUAAAAGCACUAAACUGCAACUUCAUCAUUACAAAUGUAUAAUUACAAAAUUAUUUAAAUAUGUGACAAAAUUUUCAAUAGAAAUUUUUACUUUAAAUAAUUAAUAUAAAUGCAUGUAAUACAACAAUGUGCUUAAGUCCUACUUAAGUGGGUCAAAUAAAUAACUCUAAAAUUCUACUAAUUGUAUUUAAUGUUAACUUAAACUGUAAUAAUAUUUCAUUUAAUUCCAAUUAACAUGCAGUUAAGUGUCCGAAAACAUUACAUUCAUUUCACACUUAAGUAUAUUAAGUAGCCUACUCUUUUUAAAAGUAUGCUAAAGUGUAUUUCUUUUUCACAAGGGAAAAUCAAAUUUAAUUGGUCACUGUCACUGAAUUUUAUUUUUGACCGCAAUUCAGAGCUGUACCAGCGUUACUCAAUAUAUGGUCUGCAAUCUUUCAGACUGACCAUCUGACUGUCUAAUGAUCACUGUGAUUAGAUUACAUAAACGCAGUAAUGGUCAUGGGUAAUGAUUAUGGGAAGUGCAAAAUGGGCCUUGUGGAUGUUGUGCAAUGUGCUGAUCUGCCACUGAGCUAAAGUCCAAUAUGAGAAUUUCUGUGCCAAAGACUCUAUAAAACAUAAAAUUGGAUAAUAAAUAAGAUAUCUAUGUAUACACACGCACAAUGAUGUUCUGAACUUGCACCCAAUUAUUGAAAAUGUAUUUUGAUUGCAUUAACAUUUAUAUUACAGCUUAAAAAUGUGUGUAACCUUUCACUGCAAAUUCUGAUAUUGUCCCAAAAUGAUAACAUUGAAAAGGGAGCAAUUGUGUCCAGCCGUGCAAUACAAUGCUUUCUGUACUGUAUGUGUGCUGUGCAUUUCUAAAUGUCUGGUUUCUGUUCACUUUUUCAAUAUCGUAAAGCUCCUGGAACAAAGAUGUGUAAUUAUUUUUGUUACAUAGAGAAUUAAAUAUGUGGAUGUCUACUGAA